AUGAAGCAACAAGACGAAGAAGAUGGCGAAUAUGGAGAAUAUAAAGGAAUUAAUUAUUCUCUAAUUAUAAAAAAAGUUUUGAGAAGGUCAAUAAAUGAUUGGAAUGUGUUUUGUCAAAAAGUAGAAAAUGACAAUGGAAAUAAUUUCGACUAUUUAAUUAGUGCUUUGAUACAAUACUGUAGACAUAUAAGAGAGUGUUAUUUAAAAAUUUUAGAAUUAGAAAAAUAUAGAGAAAUGCAUAAAGAUAUUGUUGAAGUAAUAAAACAUAUAUUAUAUUUUAAAGAAAGUUAUAAUGAAUUAAAAACAAAAUAUGAAUAUGAUAUAUAUUUAUGUAAAUUAAAAACAUUAAAUUUACAAUUAAAUCAGAAUAAUGUUUUGUGUGCAUUAGACUUAUUAUCCACAAAAAAAUAUACAAGAUUUCCGAUACUUUUUAAACAAAUUCUAAAAUCACCUUUUGAUCCGGUUGUGCUUGAAUUAAAUAAAUAUCAAAUACAAAUUUUAAAAAAAAAAAUUAUAGAUGAGUUUUUAAUUAAUUACUAUAUAUCAAAAAUACCAAAAGAAAAAGUUAAUUUUAAAUUUUCUCAAGGCUUGGUAGAAUUAGAAAUAAUUAAUCAAGUAAUAAUAAAAUUUAUUACAGAUUUUUUAACAUGUACUAUAAUAGAUGUUAAUAUAUUAUUUUUAAAUGAUAUGAAUCUUCAUAUUUCACAUAACUACAAUUUGAUGGUUUUGAUUAAUUAUGCAAUUAUGAAAAGACGAUUAAAUAAAACUAAUCAUAUUAUUGGAGAAGGCGAUACUUCAAAUCAUAGUCAAAUAUUUGAAAAUGAUAAUAAUUUUAUUAAAUAUCCUAAGAAAGAAGUUUUAAAAAAUAAUAUAAGUAUGUCUGAUACAACAAAUACAGAUUAUUCAGAAUUUAGUGAAAAUGAUACAUAUGAAUCUUCAUUAUCAGAUAGUGGAAAUAAUAUGCAAUUGAUGUAUAGUCCCCCCCACAAACAAAUAGGUGAUAUAUUUUAUAGAUAUAAUAAAACAAAAGAUAUAGGAAGCAUAGAAAGCUAUUAUAAAAAUAAUAAGGGAAAAGAAAAAGAACUUGAGCUUUCGGAUAUAUAUUAUGAAAUAUAUAAAACUAGCAAUUUUUAUUGUAAUACUCAAAUUUUAGAAUUUUUUAAAGCUUACUUAAAUCAAUAUAAUUCAUACAAUUAUAUAAAAAAACAAUUUCAAAUUUAUAAAAAAUAUAAAAAAACAAAUAAAGUUGAGUCUACUCCCUCUUGUUAUAAUUAUCAUAUAGAUGAUUCCAAUUGCUUACUUUAUCUAGACAUAUAUUUAUAUGAUGCCGAAUUUAGAAAAGAAUUAUACAAUUUUUUUGAAAAAUAUAAAAUAUCCAUAUUAAAUGAAAAUAGUGAAAAAAAAAUUAUAUUACAAUUUAUUUUAAAUAACAAAAAUGGGAAUGUAAAAAUUAAGUUAUGGCCAUUUGAUUAUUUUAAUAAAUUGAAUAAAAAGAAAAAAAAGGAAAUACAAUUCGAUAAUAUUUUAUCUUAUUAUGAAUUUAUUAUGUGUUUAUUUUUGAAAAAAAAAAUAAAAACGAUGUGUUCUUAUAAUCCUUUGUAUAUUCAUCUUGAAACUUGGAUUUCAAAAGUCUCGGCUUGUUUAACAUAUUUUUUGUUUUCUAUACUUAAAAUAUUUUGCACAAAAACUACAAAAUUAACCAUAGAAAAAUAUAUUACUAUUCAAAAUAAAUGUGGAGCAAAAUUAAUAAAACGGGACCAUACACAAACAUCAGAGCAUUCAUAUUUAGAGAAUACAACUACAUAUAAUGAAUUAAUAACUGAUUAUUUUUUUGAUAUUAACACUAUUGAAAAAAAUAUACAAUGUGUAGAAAUUUGCAAACUUGGAAAAAAAAAGAGUAGCAUGCUUAGUAUUGAAGAGGUUAGUAAGAAUGCGUCAAAAGAAAUAGAUGAAGAGGAUCAUAUUUGCUUGAAAAAUAAACUUGAAAUAAUGGAAGUGAAGAAAAAUAAAAAUGAUGAAAUUUUAUACAUACUAAGAUAUACAUUUUAUGGACAAAAAAUUGAUUUAUUUAUGAGUAACCAAAGUGAUAAAUAUAUAUUUAAAUGUUAUUGGGAUAUUAUUUUUCUGAAUGUAAUUAGUUUAGAAUACAAUUUAAAAAUAAUAAUAUAUAUAAUAUAUUUGUUAAGAUGUUAUUCAAAGUAUAUAUAUUUAUAUAAUUUAUUAAAAGAAAAAUUCAAAAAUAAUAUAAAACCAGGAACAAGUUUCCCCUUUGAAUUAAACAUUGGAAAUUUAUAUCCAAAUCUUCUUUUUUCAAAAUUAAAAUUACACGAAUUUUUAAAAAAAUACGACUAUUCAUCAAACAUAGUUUUAACAAAUUUUAUUGAGCAAUUUUUUGAGCAUAUUAAUUUUUUUUAUUAUCUAUCUUCGAAAAAUGGUAGUAAAAUAAAAUGCAUGGAUACUGAGCUUGAAGAGGGUAUUAAAAAGGCUAUAUAUGAAAAUUUCCAAAAAGAUAAUGAAAAAAAUGAAAAUGAAGAUAUUUUUGAUAAACAGUCAGGAGAAGCAAAAGCAAAUUGUGAAGAUCAAGGAUUAAAAAAAGACAAUGAAAAAAAAGGGAAAUAUAGAAAUAAUUUUUUUUCUACAUUUUAUUUCAAAUUAUAUAUAACUGGUAGUGAUAUUCCAUUUUUGCUAUGCAUUUUUAUUGAAAAUAAUUUUAUAUUUCACACAUCUAUUGUUGUAUCCUUUGGAAAUUCAUAUGAAACGGAGGGUAAAAAUUUAGAUAAAAAAAAUAAAAUAAAUGAAGAAAACCAAAAAGACCAUUCAAAAAAAGGUGUAAAUAAUUAUUUUAUAAUUCCUUUAAUUCAUAAAAAAUGCUCAAUUGAUGAUAAUGUGAAUUGUUAUUUUGAUGGUUUGAAGAAAAUGAUAGUAUCUUUUUCAAAUAUGCUCAUAUCUUUACAGAAAAUUUUGCAGGUUAAUUUUUAUUGUCCAGUUUUGUCCCCAUUCAAUUGCGAACCCGAAGAUAUAACUGAAUCGAUUCCAAAUGAGGGUAAUAAGAUUGAAAAUUUUGAAAAAGAGGUGCUACAAAAUCAAGAAAAUGCUGAAGAGAUACUUGGGUAUAUCAAUGAUGAAAUUUACAAACGAAACAAAAAAAAAUGGGAAAGCAGAUCAAUAGAUUUAGAAUACUUUAUAAAUCGAAUAAGUGGUGAAAAUAAAAAAAAUGAAGAUGUAGAUGUAAAAGAUGAACGGAUCAAAAAUUUCAUGCUACAAUUUUAUUGCCAAUUAAAUGAUGAAUACGAUAUAAAUAAAGAGUAUAUAACAAAUCAUAGAAAAGAUAAUAAAUUUAUAUUCAUAAUAAAGAUAAGUAUACAUGGUUCCUUUUUUUUUAAAAUCCCUAUAAAGAGACAAAAAAGAUAUAUUAAAAUUGAUGGUUUUCAUAAAAUGGAAAAUAAAAAUUUGGUCACUCUUUUUUAUGGAAGCAUAGUUGUAAACAUGAAAAUAAAAACCCUAGAAAUAGACGAUAAAGAAGAGUUUGAGAAAUUAUAUGAAGAAUGGAAUGUAGAAAAUAGCAAAAUAGAGAAUAAUAAUUAUGAUAAAAAAAAAAAUUGUGUAUAUGGAGAAGAAAAAGAACAGAAACAGUUAUCUGAGGAAUCAAAUAAACAAAUUGAAUUUUUGAAUAAUACAAUAAAAGAUUGGGGUUUAUUAAAAGAGAUCCAUAUAAUUUUAAAUGGCAAAAAUAGUGUGUCAAAAAUUUUGGAUAUGUUUUCAGUUAUUAUCAAAAGUAUGUUUGUUAUAAAUUUGCUCACGGAGUUAUAUUACAUUGAAAAAAUGAUAACUCCAACUUUUAUAAUUCGGAAUUCGCAUUUAGCUAAUAUAGAUAUUAUGUAUUUGUGUAGUUAUGAUAGCAAUAUAGUAUGUUCUAUUUUUUUUGAUAUUUUUGGUGGAAGGGGUAGAGACAUAUCUAAUGUUAAUUAUAGUAACCUUAGAUAUUGCAAACAAAAUAAAAUUAAUCAGGAUAUGAAUAAAAAUGGAAAUAUCGAAAAUAAUUUAAUUAAUGAAGAUUUAUUUGAGUACUCAGAUAUACUGAAUAAAUAUGAGCAUUAUAACAAUAAUGAAAAUGAAAAAAAUGAAAACCAAAAUAAUAGUAUAAAUAAAAGUUAUGAAAAAAUAUUAAAAUCUCUAUUAUUUAUUAAUAUAUGUUUUAAUUCCUAUAAUGAAUAUAUUAAUAAAAUAUAUUUAGGAGAAAAAGAAAAUUUUAAUAUAUAUUUAAAAAAAAAAAAAAAUAUUUUUGAUUUGCUAAAAUUAAUAUCUUUAACUUUUGAGUUCCAUUUAAAUUUACACAUUUUAAUUAAUAAAACAAAUAAUUAUUUGAAUAAAGAAUAUUUUUUAAGUCAAGUUAUUACAACUAAUCUUUUUGAGAUAUAUUAUAUAAAUUUAAUGACUAUAAUUUUACAAUUUAAAAAAGAAAAUGACACAUCUAUUGAUACCAAAAAAACAAGUAAUAAUAUUUAUGAUGAAAAAAAAAAUUCGAAUAUUGAUGAACUGUCUUUUUAUGUAAUUCUACAUCCUGAAAAUUUUUCAAAAAUCGUUAUAAUCCCACAUUUUAGUAAUAAUUCACCAGAUAAAAAUGAAAAUUGCAAUUUUAUAAUUAAUAACUUUUUCAAAAAAAGUGAAAUAUUUUCCGAGCUCAGAAAAACAAAAAUGACUGAUAUGUUUACUGAUACAGAUGACUUGUCCUCUUCUCCUAAUAAAAAUAUUACAUCUUCAAAUUUUGUACAAACUAAUAAUAUAUCAAAUGAUAGUGAAAAUAAUUUAUUACCUGUUUACCCCGAUCAAGCUUCUAAUCAAUUAUCCAAUAAAAUUGAUAAAGAAAAAGAUAAUUCUUUUAUAGCUUAUAAAAAUAAUAAUAAUAAUAUUAUUAUUGAUAAUUUAAAUGUUGAAGAUUUGUUUGUUUUUUUAUUUUUAAAAUUUUGUAUGAUAAUAAAUUUUCAAAAUGAACAAAAUUAUGAUGAACCUUAUGAUUACACAUUUAAUCAAACAGAAAACAAAACAACAAAUAAUUUUAAAGAUUUAAAAUCGAAUUAUAAAAAAUAUAAAAGCUAUAAUAUCUCUAAUGAUGAAAUGAGUAAUGGGUUUUUUGAAAAAGAAUUGGAAAUAUUUGAAGAAUAUGAUACAUUUAUAAAUAAUGUUAAAUAUAUGUUUAAACUCAAAAAUAAUAUUAUAAUUUCCAAAAUCGAUUUUUUUCGUCCAACAUUUUUAUAUGCAACAUUAUAUACACUAUUAGAAUUCAUAGUAAGUUUAAAAAAAUGGCUUAUUAUGUUUGAUCAUUUAAAACUGGAAUAUGAAAAUUUUACAUUAUCUCAAUCUACCCUUCCAAAUGUUUUUCAAUAUAUGAGUGCAGCUAAACGCCAAUCAUCUAAUCAAGAAAUAUCACAAGGAAAAUCAAAUGAUAAAAAUAGUAAUAUAUAUAUACAUCUAGUUUGGUUUAUUUAUAAUAUAAAAACAUUACAUUUAGAAAAAUUAGAAAAUAAAGAUGAACAAAAUAAUAAAAGAUACUAUGGAUGUUUUCAUGGUGAUAAUAAGGAAGAUAUUGAUUUAAAUCACAUAAAUAAUUCUAAGGAACUAGAAAGUAGAAAAAUUAAAAAAUUAAAAAUAGAACAAGUCGAAAAUUUAGGAGAUGUUUCAAAUGAAAAAACAGUUAAAAAGAAGGAAGAGAACAUAAUCGAAAACGAGAUAAAAUUGAAUAAAAGUUCCGAAGUUAUGAUAAAUAUAAAUAAAAGAAAAGAGGAAAAUAAAAAUAUUUUACACAUGCUAAAUGAUCGUAUUAAUAUAAGUGAAAUAAAUACCGAAAAGUUAUAUUAUAUGAUAAAUGCGUAUUCUUAUAAUAAUAAUAAUAUAUUUUUAAAAAAAAAUCAAAAAAAAAUUAUUAAAAGAAAUUUUAUAGAAAAUGUGUAUCUUUUUCAAAAACUGAGACUAAAAAAAUGGGAUGAAAGAAAAGUGAUACUUAAAAACUUUGACGAUAAAUUAAAAAAUGAAAAUGAUGACAAUAGUAAUAAUAAAAGUUACAAAUAUAAUAAUAAUAUGAAAAUAGAUAUAAAUAUGUAUGCAGAUUUUUCAAAUAAUUUGAAGGUCAUAAAUGGGUGUGAUAUACAUUAUUUAUUAAAUUCAUUUGUCGUAUAUUUUGAGAAUAUCGGAGAAGAAAUAGAAAAACAAGAUUCAUGGUUUUAUCGCCAAAAUGCUAUAAGUGAUAAUACAAACCUGUGCGAACGUUUUAUUUUAAAUGAAAACAAUAUUUUAAAAGAAAAUUCAAAAUUAAAUUCAGCACUCAAUAUUAUUUAUAAAUAUAUACGUAUAUGGUUAUUCAAAAUGCGAGAUAAUAAUAUUAUAUGUUUUUUUAAUACAAUUAAUCAAAUAAUAUAUAACCAAAAAAAUAUAUGCGAAUUCUCAUCUUUAGUCUUUAAUUCUGUUUUAUCUUAUGAAGAAUAUUUAAAAUUUUGGACUUUGAAAAACACAAACUAUAAUUUUUCGAUGCCAUUUAUAGAAACAGAAUUUUUUUCUUCUGAUGAUAAAGUGGAUAAAAUGAAUUCACAAAUGGAUAAAAAACAACAUUUUGUGAAAAUGAGGAAAUUUAAAUUUGUUGAAUAUAUAAUACCUUUCAAAACCCCUAUUCAAAAUUACAUGACAUAUAGAGAAGUAGUAAGCAAUGCAACGGAUCGUGUAAUAACUGAUAAAUCAAUAACUGAUAAAACAAUAACUGAUAAAUCAAUAACUGAUAAAACAAUAACUGAUAAGUCAAUAACUGAUAAGUCAAUAACUGAUAAAACAAUAACUGAUAAAUCAAUAACUGAUAAAUCAAUAACUGAUAAGUCAAUAACUGAUAAUAAAAUGAAGGGAUAUGAUAAAAUUACAGUUAAAUACAAAAUAUGGAAAUAUAUGCCAUGCCCAUUUAAGGAAAUAUAUAUAGAUCAUGAAAAACAAAAAUUUAUUUCCCUCAAUAAAAACGAAUCUAUUAGCUUAACUUUUAAAAUAGCUUCUAUACCUGUUAAAAAUUUAAAGGAAGUUUACAUAAAUAAUGAUUCAUAUAUUAAAUUUCUUAUUUAUAAUAAUAUUGAUUUAAAUUUAGCUCAUCAAAAAGUUAUGCAGAUAUUACAAGCUUAUAAUUUGAUGCCAAAUUAUUCGCUAGUUGCUUCACAAACGAUUUUGCACUCAGAAACAUUUGAUAUAUUAUUGAAAAAUUCGAAUAAGAAGGAAAACGUAAAUUAA